GGUGGAUUGUUGAUCAGCUUUGUCCUUCCAGUAAGUGCGAAUGUAUCAGUCACAGGACAGCUAAUGUCAAGUUUGGUUUUAUUCUAGAACUCUGUAUGCCAAACAGUCUUUCCAAUCUCUCAGGAACUUGGCUGAGUGCCCUUGUGUGCUUGGUGUUGGGCAGUGUGAUUGGACGAGAUGAUAGGGGAGGUGGUUGAAUGUGACUUUUCUGGAGAUUAAUUUGUGAGAAAGUGUCAACAGCUGUCCCUGGUGCUCACUGCUGGUUUCUCCAGUGACACACUCAACGUUAGUCUUCAGGAAGGAACAAAACAACAGAAUCUUUACAUCAGAAAUAAGGUUACAGAGCCGUGAGUAUAGCCAGUUCUGCUUGGACACGGCUCGUCACUUCACUACGUCUACCCGAUGCUCUGAUGGAAAAGAGCAAGACGGACUCUCAGAGUGUGGACGUGACCGAGUCUAGCACAGGACUUGUGCUGGAUGAGCCUUCCAGACCUGCAUGGGGAAGUAAGCUGCAGUACAUUCUCGCCCAGGUGGGAUUCUCCGUGGGACUAGGAAAUGUCUGGAGAUUCCCCUACCUAUGUCAUCAGAAUGGGGGUGGAGCUUUCCUUUUUCUUUACCUGAUCCUGCUAUUGGUGAUGGGGAUCCCAUUGUUUUUUCUGGAAUUGGCAGCCGGACAGAGUAUCCGUCAGGGCAGUAUCGGAGUCUGGAAACAUAUCAACCCACGACUGUGUGGGAUCGGGUUUGCCAGCUGCGUGGUCUGUUCCCUUGUCUCCCUCUAUUAUAAUGUCAUCAUUGCUUGGAGUCUAUUUUAUUUUGGUCACUCCUUCCAGUAUCCACUGCCCUGGGAAUCCUGUCCCACUCUCGCCAACCAGACAGUAGCAGUCACUGAGUGCCUGGAGAGUUCUGCCACAACGUAUUUCUGGUACCAUGAGGCCUUGAACAUCACCAGCUCCAUCAAUGUCAGUGGAGGGCUAGAUGCCACCAUGACUGGUUGCCUGCUUGCUGCUUGGGUUAUUGUCUGUCUCGCCAUGAUCAAAGGAAUCAAAUCCUCAGGAAAGGUGAUGUACUUCAGCUCCAUCUUCCCGUAUGUGGUGCUUUUCUGUUUCCUUAUUCGAGGUCUCCUUCUGGAAGGUUCCAUAGAUGGAAUUCGCUACAUGUUCACUCCUAAGGUUGAGAUCUUGAUCGAUACCCAAGUGUGGCGACAAGCUGCCACCCAAGUGUUCUUCGCCCUGGGCCUUGGCUUUGGAAGUGUUAUUGCUUAUUCCAGCUACAAUACCCGCACCAAUAAUUGCCAUUUUGAUGCUUUCCUUGUCUCCUUCAUCAACUUCCUGACGUCUGUGUUUGCUACGUUGGUUGUUUUUGCAGUGCUGGGAUUCCGGGCGAAUGUGCUCACUCAGAAAUGUGUGGCAAGGAACAGCCUCAAAGUGAUUGACCUGAUUGAUAAUGGAGUUUUGAACAGGAGUUUAAUUCCAGAAUAUCUCAACUUUUCAACUGUAACAAAUCAGGAAUACAGAGAAUGGUUUGACUCAGUGAGAUCAGUAUUAAUCCCUCUUCAUAUCCAGCAAUGCAAACUCGAACAAGAAAUGCAAAAGGGUGUCGAGGGUACAGGCCUCGCUUUCAUCGCUUUCACAGAAACUAUUACACACUUUCCUGCCUCACCAUUUUGGUCUAUCCUGUUUUUUCUGAUGUUGCUAAAUUUGGGUAUGAGCACAAUGUUUGGAAAUAUGCAAGGAAUUCUCACUCCUCUACUUGACAACUUCUCCUGUCUGGCUAGGAGGAAGUCCAUUUUCACAGUGGUCUGCUGCAUACUUGGGUUUGUUAUUGGAAUGAUAUUUACACAGCGUUCUGGAAACUACUUUGUGACCAUGUUUGAUGAUUACUCUGCAACACUACCUCUGAUCAUUGUGGUUCUGUUUGAAUUGAUUGCUGUGGCGUGGGUCUAUGGAGCUGACAGGUUUAUGGAUGAUAUCCAGGCAAUGAUUGGUCACCGUCCUGUUGUUGUAUACAAGUAUCUGUGGAAGUUUGUGUGUCCCACCAUAAUGCUGGCUCUGCUGUUGGCUAGUUUGAUUCACAUGUGCAUCAAGCAUCCACAAUAUCGAGCAUGGAGCCAAGAGAAGGCAGAGGAGACACUAUUGGACUAUCCUGGUUGGGCAUUAGCCAUGAUGAUCCUCCUGAUCAUCAUUGCUUGUUUGCCCAUCCCCCUGAUGUACAUCCAGUACACUGUGCAGGACAGGCUGAAUAGAAACACUGCCUACUCAGAGUGUGUUUACAUCAGGGGUGAUGGAGAUGAUGAACCCACCCUCCCUGUGAAUGAGAAUGAGGAAGAGGAACCUGGGAGAAAUGGAUACCUGAAGGUUGAGACCGACGAGGAAGGGCUGGAAAGAGCAGAGCUGCUGGCAGAAGAGGAGAAUGCACUUGAAAUGGAUGACAUGUCACACGAUAAAAAAGAUGAAUUGAGUGUCAAAGCCUAGUAACUCCUGUGGAGUUUGUUUGUCCAUUUUAGACAACAAAAAUAUGCUGCAAACAUUUUUAACAACUAACUACAAAGAGCAAACUCUUUUAAUGGGGUGCUCAUUUGUCUGAAUGGGUGCUCAUUUUUCUACUUUACAAAAUGGAACACUGGCUUGUUUGACAAGCUCUGGUUAUGCUGAAGUUUGCAACCUGAAAUCACCAAAUUGGAAUUAAUUUGAACUUUUAAAAAUUCACCAACAAUGCAAAAAAUCCUAUAGCAAAAUGAAGACUUCAUAAAUUAUCAAAAAGGAGCAGAAAGGAAAUAAUAUUAACUCUUAAUCAGUUGGGGUUUACAUGUGAAGUGGGGCUGGGGUAGGGAAGUGGGGAGAUAAACAAUUGGGGAGGGGAUUGUGAGUAGGAAUGGGGAGUAACUGGGGAGUUGGGAUGAGGUUGGGUGGAUGGAAUGGGCUGAUGGGAGAGUUAUCGCAACACUUUAAAGUAGGAGCCAACCUGAUCAAGUAUUCAGACAGUCAGCUGGGAUGCUAGAGCAAAUUGAUCUCAGCUAAAGAAAACGUCUGCCUCUGCAACCAAUAAGAUAUAGGCAAGGCAGCCUGGGUAGCAGCCACGGAGAAACAGGAGUCAAAGAGAGCAGCCAGUUUCUACAUAGUUCUAGAUCCCACUUGGAAGAAUAACUGAAAGCAUUUUCAAGGGUAGUCCAAUGUACUGAGUGGGACUCUGGGCUCCCAGAAGAUUGAGCUUGUCCAUGCCUCUCUAACUAUGAUAUUGAUGUGAAGGUGCUGGUGUUGGACUGGCGUGGACAAAGUUAGAAAUAACACAACACCAGGUUAGAGUCCAACAGGUUUACCUGAAAUCACCUGGUGUCAUGUGACUUCUGACUAUGAUGCCGACGGCCUAUUCUGCAGCUGUGAGUGGCAGAGGUAUCUCCUGAAAUGGUACCACCCCAACACACCUAAUACGAAAGAUGGGAGGCAAAUGCUUUGUAAUAUACACAGAUGAGGAGAACUCUAUGUUUUAAUGGAAUAGAUGAGAAGGGAGCUGUCUUACCCACUUGAUUAUUUAUUCUUUUGUCGGAUAUGGAUGUCUUUGAUAAGUUACAUAUUUGUUUCCCAUCUCUAGUUGCCCUUGAGAAGGCAAUGGUGCACUGUACUCUGGAACUGCUGUUGUCCAUUCAGUAUAAGGGCACUCACAAUGCUGUUGGGGAGGGAGUUCCACGAUUUUGACUCAACAGCAGUGAAAGAAUGACUAUAUUUCAAAGUCAGGAUAGUCAGUGGCUAGAAGGGGAACUGAAGUGGUGUUUCUAAAUAUCUGCUGCCCUUGACCUUCUAGAUGUUUGAUGUAACAGAUUUGGAAGAUAGUGUUAAAGGAGUUUUGGCAAACUGUUGCAAUGCAUUUUGUAUGUUCACAGUGCUGCUGCAGUCUAUCUAUCUAUCCAUCUAACUAUCUGCAAUCCUAUAUGUCAAGGUAGUCAGAAAACUCCUGGGGCUAAAGCUUUUAGUACCCUGGACCCAAUGGCCUGCACUUUCAGGUCCAAAAGAAAUGCUGUCAGGAUAGUGGUUGAAAUCUUCCAAACUAUCCUAGAUUCUGGAAGGGUCCUAGCUGAUUGGAAAACCCCACAUGAAGGAUCUUGCAUUGGAAGCAGUUCAGAAAAGGUUCACUUGGCUGAUUCCUGGAUGAAGGUUCCAGAACAGGUGUCAUAUUGGACUCAAAAAGAUUAACUCAGUUUUUCUCUGCACAAACAUGCUAAGGUCUCCAGCACUUUGCUUUUAUUACAGGGAUUGAAGGUGUUAUGAUGUGAGAAAAGUUGAGUAAGUUAGAUUGAUAGGUCAUUUGGAGUUUAAAAGACUUGAGAGGUGAGACGAUCAGAAUAUAGUAUCCUGAUUCCUGAAGAAGGGCUUAUGCCCGAAACGUCGAUUCUCCUGUUCCCUGGAUGCUGCCUGACCUGCUGCGCUUUUCCAGCAACACAUUUUCAGCACUAUCAGAAUAUAUAAAAUCCUAGGGAAUUUGACAAGGUGGAUGCUGAGAGGAUGUUUCUUGUGGGGAAUCUACCAUGAAGGGGCAUCGUUUUAAAAUAAGUUAUCUUCCAUUUAUGAUGAAGAUUAAAAAAAAAAAUCUUGAGAGUUGUUAGUCUUUGGAAUUCUCUUUCCCAGAGAGCAGUGAGGGCUAGAUCAUCUGAAUUUUCAAGUUUGAGUUAGAAAGAUUUUUGAUUGAUGGGGUGGGGGGUGUCAAAUGGAUGGGGUGGGGCAUUGUUACAAAGGGGGAGUUAGGGGUAUGGUCCAAAUAAAGUGAUAAAAUUGAAUGACAGAUCAGGUUUGAAGGCCGAAUGGCCUAUUCCAGCUCCUAAUUCCUAGAUCUUACCCUUUCUAGCAAAUGGUUGAGUGGAAAUGAGAUGUGUGUUGGUUGUGAGUUGGCGAAUGGUUUAUGCUCACUGUCUCAGUCUUAGACUUACAGUUAGCACAUCGGGUGAUCCGUUGAAGGUGGUCAUUGACUGUUGGCUCGAGCAGCUGUCCUCUUUAUUAUCUCUCACAGAUUGCACUUGUUGAUGAGAAAGUUUUAACACCGCUUUUGAUUUUUAAUUGGGCAUCAGCUUUCCAUGUGUUCGUAUAGUAGAUGCUUCAAGGUGGAGAUUGCCUUUGUGUUUGAAAUGCUGUCAUUGUGAUGCCAGUGAAGACAGCUGCUCACCCAGGUAAGUGGAGAGUAUUCCAUCACAAUCCUGAUUCAUACUUUGUCGAGAGUGGACAGGCCUUUGGAAUCCACAGUAGAUAUUUGGCCAGCUCAGUUCAGUUCCUGGUCAAUGAUAACCCCAUAGAUGUUGAUGGUGGGGGGGUUGAUGCUAAUAGUGUUAGUAAUACUGUCGAAUAUCAUGGAGAAAAAGUUGGAUUCUCUCUGUUUGGAGAUGGUCAUUGCCUGGCAUUUGCAUGGCACAAAUGUUAUUUGUCAUUUAUUCACCUAAGCCUGAAAGUUGUCCAGGUCUUACUGCAUUUAUGAAUAGCUUGCUUUAAUAUAUGAGGAAUUGCAAGUGGUGUAAACAUCAGCAAACAUUGCCACUUCUGAUUUAAUGAUGGAGGAAAGGUAAUUGGGCUUGUUUAUAUUGGUAGUUAGAAGAGUGAAAGUUGAUUAAAACGUAGAAGAUCCUGAAUGGUCUUGACGAGGUUGUUGUGGAAAGGACACUUCCAUUUGUGGGUGAGUCGAGGACCGUGGGACACUGCUUUAAAUUCAGGAUCUUUUUUUUCGUAUAGAGAUAUGGGGAAUUAUUUCUCUGAGGGUUAUGCAACUUGGGGACUGUGCCUUAAAAGGUGGUGCAAGUGGGGUCAUUGAAUACUUAUACGGUGGAGGUGCAUUGAUUCUUGAGAACAGCAGAAUCGGAGGUUAUCAGGGCAGAUGGGAAUGUAGAAUUCAAGACACAAGUAGAUUGGCCAUGAUCCUGUUGAAUGGUGGAGGAAAUUUGAAAGUCAAACGCGAACCUUGGGUUUCUGUUUCAUGUGCUUGAAGUAGCUGAACGCAUACGAUAGCACGCGACCUGAGGAAUUCCCAUUCUGAUGUCCUUGGAUUGAGAUAAUUUAGCCUAUAAAAUGAUAGUCAUCUUCUUUUGUGCCAGGUAUGAGCCAAGCACUUUAGAAUUUUCCCCAGAUUACAAUUCACUGCUUUUAGGGUUGCCUUGAUGACAUCAGGCAGUAUCUGAAUAGUUGUCGCAAAGGUGGUCACACUCGCCUCAUUCUGGCAUUUAGCUCUUUUGUCCUUACUUUGGCCAAAACUGAGUAAUUCUGGCAGAAUAGAAACUCAGUUUGCAGGUUUUUGCUGAGUACCAGCUUUUUGAUAGCAGUGUCAAUUUCCUGAUGAACAAGAGUAGACAGAGGGUGGUAUUUGACUGCGUUGGAUUUGCCCUGUUUUUUUGUACAUGACAUACUUGGCUAAUUUUCUGCAUAGCUAGUUGGUUGCCAGUGUUGUUGCUGUACUCGAACAGCUUGGAUAGGGGUGUGGCUAGUUCUGUAGCAUAGGUCUUCCAUUCUGUUAUUAGCAUGUUGUUAGGGCCCAAAGCUUUUACUGCCUUCAGCCUUUUCUUGAUAGCAACCAAAGUAAACUGAAUCAGUUAAAGAUUGACAUCUAUGAUGCUGGAGACCUCAGCAGCAGGCUGAGAUGGAUAAAUGUCGAGAGUGUGGAGCUGGAAAAGCACAGCAAGUCAGGCAGCAUCCGAGGAGCAGGAAAAUCGACGUUUCGGGCAUGAGCCUUGGAUAAACCACUCAACACUUCUCAUUGAAGAUUAUUGCAAAUGCUUCAGCUUUUUCUUUUAUAUUGAUGUUAUCGGCUCUCCAAUCAUUGAGAAAAGGGAUAUUUUUAGAGCCUUCAUGGGUGAGUUGUUUCAUUGUCUACCACCAUUCACAACUAUAUA